CAUUCUGUCUUGAAACCGUCCGAGGUGAUUCAAAAUGUUUAUUCUGUUGGAGCAUUUUGACCGUUCUUCCUGUUCUUCCUGUUCUCCGUGCAGCUGAUCCUCGGUGCGUGGCUCAACAUGUUCGGGGGGCUGGUUCGAUUCCUCGGGACGGGGAUCUCCACUGACCCUGCUGACCGGUUUCCCUUAGUGAUGUUCGGCCAGACGCUCGCCGCCAUCGCUCAGCCGCUCGUCAUCUUCACCCCCGCCAAGAUGGCCGCUCUCUGGUUCCCCGACAACCAGCGCGCCACCGCCAACACCAUCGCCUCCAUGGCCAACCCUCUGGGCAUGCUGCUGGCCAGCAUCCUCUCUCCAUGGAUGACUCAAACAUCUAGAGACAUCCCCGACCUGCUGCUGGCCUAUGCGGUCCCGGCGUGCAUCAUCUGUUUCCUAGCAACAGUGGGGCUACGGAGCAGCUCCCCCCCCACGCCGCCGUCAGCCAGCGCCGAGUCCUCCGGCUCAGAGCCCUUCGUACAGGGCAUCAAACUGUUACUGAUGAACCGAGCCUACCUGGUUCUGAUGGUCUGCUUCGGGUCGGGCAUCGCCGCCUUCACCUGCUUCUCCACGCUGCUGGAGCAGAUCCUGUGUGUGCAGGGGUACUCCAACGUGAGUGCAAUGCAUCAUGGGGGAUUAAUGGGUGUUAGCUACACUAACUGAUAUCAAACGAGCAAGAAAAGCAG